GGAAAAGUGGAUCUUGCUUGAGGAGGAUAACAGUGCUGCUGCCUAUGCUUUCCGGCUACAGUACAUAAUUUAUUUCACUAGGAUCUGACCUCUGUUCUGUCAUUUUGGUUUAGCAUCAUUAGCUCUUGGAAACUGGGCUGGGCUUUAGGAAGUACUUCUUAUUUUGGUUUAUUUCCUCUGUCUGUUCAUGGGUGUAUGCAGAAAGACACUGGGCAGCAGAGGAGAGGGAAAGAAGGCGAUAGACAGAGUCUAUCAUGCAUGUGCUAUAACUGAACAGCGGGAGCAGCAGACAGAGUUGGAAGGGGGGGUUUCAGACAAAAGCUGCAGACUCUGUUCGCUCACCGACAACAACGAGCGCCAAAAGACAAAAGAAGAAGGAGAAUCUACUGAAUGUAAGACUCUGGCUCUUUAUUGUCAGGAUUCCAUGAGCCACUGGCACCACAUUAAGGGCAUAUAGGAUGUCUGUGUCAGGGAAGAAGGAGUUUGAUGUAAAACAGAUCCUUAGACUUCGCUGGCGCUGGUUUGGUCAUUCCUCUCAGACAUCAGCAGGAAAUGGGGGGUACAUUCAGCAAGAGGGAUUCGAGCAUGGGGGAACACCAAUCCAGAGCCGGCUAAAGAGUCAUUCUCGGGAUAGAGGAGGACUUCGUAAGAGCAACAGCCCGGUGCACAGCAUUCUCUCUCCUACCUCUGCCCCAACACCUGUAUAUGUCAGGACGGGCAGUCAAUCAUGGCACCAGCAGAACAUCAUCCAGCACCUCCAGGCUAGCGAGGAGUCUCCAAAAAAUGGUUGUCUCUCUAGUGCUGGUAAAGAGAAUGGCAAAAUCAACCAGGAGAAUUUGAAGAGCAACCCACAGGAGCGACCUGAGGAGGAAGCCGCUGACAGGUUGACUUUGAGUAGUUACCCUAAGAUGAGCACUAACUGCUCAGAUGAGUUUUUCCAGGCCACGAACCAUGCAGAACAGACCUUCCGGAAGAUGGAAACUUACCUGCAGCACAAGCAGCUGUGUGAUGUGCUUUUAAUAGCUGGUGAUCAUAAGAUCCCUGCACAUAGGCUUGUUUUAAGUGCGGUUUCAGAUUACUUUGCUGCCAUGUUCACCAACAAUGUACGGGAGGCAAAACAGGAUGAAAUCAAAAUGGAAGGUGUUGAUCCAGAAGCACUGAGAUCAUUAGUUCAUUUUGCAUACACUGGUGUACUUGAGUUAAAGGAAGAGACAAUUGAGAGCCUUUUAGCUGCAGCAUGUCUUCUACAGCUCUCACAAGUUAUUGAGGUCUGCUGCAACUUUCUAAUGAAACAACUUCACCCGUCUAACUGCCUGGGGAUCCGCUCAUUUGCUGAUGCUCAAGGAUGCAUGGAUCUGCUGAAUGUGGCACACAACUACACCAUGGAACACUUUUUGGAAGUCAUUCAGAACCAGGAGUUUCUCUUACUUCCUACAACGGAAAUAGUCAAGCUACUGUCCAGCGAUGACAUAAAUGUUCCAGAUGAAGAGACCAUUUUCCAGGCACUGAUGAUGUGGGUGCGCAAUGAUGUGCAGCAUCGGCAACAAGAUCUAGGAUUGUUACUUGCCUACAUACGCCUACCCCUUCUGCCGCCUCAGCUUCUUGCUGACUUGGAAAACAAUAAGAUGUUUUCUGAAGAUCUGGAAUGUCAGAAGCUACUGAUGGAAGCCAUGAAGUACCAUUUGUUGCCAGAGCGUCGGCCAAUGCUACAAAGUCCAAGAACCAAACCACGCAAGUCCACCGUGGGGGCUCUCUAUGCAGUAGGAGGCAUGGAUGCUUCAAAAGGUUCCACAACAAUAGAGAAGUAUGAUCUUCGCACUAAUACAUGGAUCCAGGUUGGCAUAAUGAAUGGCCGGAGGCUUCAGUUUGGUGUAGCAGUCAUCGAUAAUAAGCUCUAUGUGGUAGGGGGAAGGGAUGGCCUCAAGACAUCCAAUAUGGUGGAGUGCUAUGAUCCCCUCACUAAAGUGUGGUCCACUAUGCCUCCUAUGUCAACCCACAGACAUGGGCUAGGGAUUGCAGUCUUGGAAGGGCCUAUGUAUGCAGUGGGAGGGCAUGAUGGAUGGAGCUAUUUGAACACAGUGGAGAGGUGGGACCCCCAGGCAAGACAGUGGAAUUAUGUGGCCAGUAUGUCCACUCCUCGCAGCACAGUGGGAGUCACUGCUCUCAAUGGAAAACUGUUUGCUGUAGGUGGACGUGACGGAAGCUCGUGCCUGCGCUCCAUGGAAUGUUUUGAUCCCCACACCAACAAAUGGAGCAUGUGCGCACCAAUGGCGAAGCGGAGAGGAGGAGUGGGCGUGGCCACCAACAACGGCUUUCUGUACGCUAUCGGCGGCCAUGACGCCCCAGCUUCAAACCACUGUUCUCGCCUCUCUGACUGCGUGGAGAGGUAUGACCAAAAAACCGACACAUGGACCGUAGUGUCGUCCCUCAGUGUUCCACGUGAUGCAGUGGGAGUGUGUUUGCUUGGUGACAAGCUGUAUGCAGUGGGUGGUUAUGAUGGCCAGUCCUAUCUAAACAGCGUAGAGUCCUAUGAUGCACAGAAUAAUGAGUGGACUGAGGAGGUGCCGCUGAACAUUGGCAGAGCUGGAGCCUGUGUAGUGGUGGUGAAAUUGCCUUGAACAUUCAGGCCAUGCUCUUACAGGAGACACACCAGCAGUGGAAAACAGACUUUGGAAGUCAACUGGAAUUUAUUUUAUUUUAGUGUUCGUUCCUGUUUUUCUUGGAUGACAAUAAUGUGAAGGGGCUCCUUGUUGAGUAUUGCCUAAUAGCUGAGUAUUGCAAUAGUACACACUGAAAAUAAAUGUGAAUGUAUCAAAUCUCUGCAUAUAACACUUUACACUUUCAGAAAUUACAAUUCUUUCUUUUCGUUCUUUUUUUUAACAUAGAUAUAUAAAUAUAUAAACCAGUCAAUUAACAAAAGAGUGGUUUACCGGAUUUGUUUUCACGUAUACAUUUUGUGUCUUUAUGUAUUAAUAACUUUCAGCAACCCAAAGUAAAACAAAACAGGAUAAACCGCAGAUGACUUUAUUUAAUUUUUGUGUUUUAAGAAGAAUUUAAUAUUUUUGAUUCUGACAAUUCAUUUAAAAACACUGUGAAUACGUCUAGUUGUGAGCUUGCAUCCAGUUGUGAGUUAUUACGUUCAAAAAAGUUUUGGCGAUCAUUCACACACAAAUGUUAUACACUUUUUAUGUAAGCUUAGACAUAGCAUGAAACUACUCAACAGACAUUUUUUAAGAAGCUUUUAAUGAAGUAGCUGCAAAACACCAAAGUAUCAUGUGAUAGUAGUCAUGACUUUUAAUGUUUACAAAAUAGUGAAUAAACAAAUAUAUCAUAUUGAUAUUUCACAUGAAUGUAUAGUUUUUGUAAGUCAUGUAUAUAUUUCCUGAAUCAGUGUUAUAAAUGUAUUUUUUGAUCAUCUUUUUUUCUGGCAUGCUGCUUGGGUAUAUUUGAAUGCCACACUGUAAUGCUUUCGUAUGUUAUGAAAUCCAUUUCCAGAGGUCAACAUUAAUUGUGUUUGGAUUUAGGCAGCGUUUAUAUGUUGUGACCUCUUUCCAUUGCCAUGUAGGUGAAUAUUUCACGAGUGAAACUGACUAAAUUUUUAAAUUAAAGCAUAUCCAUAAAAAAUCUUUGUACUUAGUGAUUUGCUAUUUGUAACAAUCAAGAUUUACAGAUACAUGUAUUUUACUUUACAUGUAUUUUCAUCAUUUUAUAUAGCAUGUAAACAUUAAUAAACUCUUUUCUCCCUCUUUA